UGCAAAUCUCAGUAACGUGUUCUCUCACAAACACCAAAGCUUAGUUGCUUACUUCCUUAGGUUCGAUUUUCGUUAGAUAAACCCGAAACUCCUCCAACCACCUUAGCUAUGAAGAGAGGCAGAGAAGAUGAUCAGCAGACCCUGGAUUUGGUCAAUUGUUUGAUGCUACUAUCCAAAGUAGACCAAAAUGACUCCUCCUCAAUCAAAAAACAAAAGAUCUCGGACCGUGUCUUUGUUUGUAAGACGUGUAAUCGGGAGUUCUCGUCGUUCCAAGCCCUCGGAGGCCAUAGAGCAAGCCACAAGAAACCGAGCGGUGCAGACCAGUUACAGCUUGCACAGCCCAGCUCGCCGGCAAAGCCCAAGAAGCACGAGUGUCCGAUCUGCAGGAUGGAAUUCGCAGUUGGUCAAGCGCUUGGGGGACACAUGAGGAGACAUAGAGAUGUUAUGAGUUCUGCUGCGGAAAGGAUUCGGGCGGCAGCUGUGCCGGUAUUGAAGAAAUCAAAUAGUAGUAAAAGGGUAUCGUGCUUGAAUCUGGAUUUGAAUUUGGCACCGCCGGGAUAUCCGCAUCUUUAUGAUUUGACAGAGUUGCAGUUAACUUCUUGAUAUAAUUAGAUCUUGCUCAGUUUUUUUUGUGUAGUGUUUGCAUAUAUUGAUCUACUGAAUAUAUUGCUCCGGCUAGGUUAGCGGUGAA